CCUCUCAACCGUUCAGUUGUCUCUCUCUCUGCGCUGCACCUGCGCUGCUCUCUUAUUCCCUCUCCCAGUGAUAUCGAUAAACGCACUAAAUCCACCGAUCAUCUAGUUGCCAAGAUGUCAUACGCAGCGGAGCGAGCAUUAUCCUUUCUGUAUCCUCUGGCGAUCGUGUCCUCGCUAAUCUGCUGCAUCACAUCGGCGGUGGCCUGGACACACUGGCGGUACGUCCUGAAUGCCUGUCCGGACACCAAUUGCGGAUGUGUGCUCCACAGCAGGAGCACGUACAACAGCUUCGAGGGCGGGAACAUCGCCUAUUGCCACUACGCCACCUAUGGACUGCUGCUGCCGCUGAUCUUCGCCGUGGUGCUGGGCAUCUAUCAUGGAUAUCGGAUGUGCAUUGGGCGUGGCAAGCCCAAGGCGGGCACAGCCACCAUCCGGCAGCGUUCUGGAGACAUGAUGGUGGUGACCACCGAGUCUGAACUAACUCCCGAUGGCCUAUCUCCUUACUAUUGGCUCCCUGCCACCGUAAUCUCAGUUAUCAUGGCCAUAUACCAACUGAUUUACUCUGCCAUAUUUACGGACGGUUUCGAGGUGACCUGCAAACAGUACAGGGAAUCACUUUUGAAGGAAAUCCAGGGCGUGGGCAACAUAGUGCCCGUGAUCAAAGGACGAUUGUCCUGUGCUGCUGUCUUUGAUUUUAUGGACUAUUUGGUGGAGAGUGUAUCCUACGAAAGGAGGCGUUAUGGACGUAUUAAUACCGCGGCAUGCCUUUAUUUCACUCUGGUUUUCGCCUGGAUAGCUCUGUUCGCCUGGUUGAUCAUUUGUGUCAUCAAUAUCUUCAACCUGCGACGCACAAAAGCCGCUAGAGUUUGAAAAUGCCAGGCAUUGGAUUAACAGGAGCUGGAAAAUCCUGCCCACAUUCAAUUGGAAUGCAUACAAUAAGAAAUUCCCCACGCACAUUCGCCUUAUAUUUAAUCGUAGCCUUACGAAGCGCCACUUAUUUAUUAGUAAUCACACAAUUACGUCCACGGUUCAAGCCGCCAUCAAAACACAUUGUACAAAAAAAUGUAUGAACAACGAACGAUUAAUUAAAUCACGAUAUAAUUCUUAA